CAUUAUUGUGAAUGCUGAUUCUCUGGAUUCUGGGCCUUAUGCUAAUGGAAGUGAUGGAAUGUACAAAUACGAAGAGAUAAUCCUGGAGCGUGGUAAUUCAGGCCUGGGGUUUAGCAUUGCUGGAGGAAUCGACAAUCCUCAUGUUCCAGAUGAUCCUGGGAUUUUUAUUACCAAAAUUAUCCCUGGUGGGGCCGCCGCGAUGGAUGGACGACUUGGAGUCAAUGACUGUGUGCUGCGAGUCAACGAUGUGGAUGUUUCAGAAGUCGUUCAUAGUAAAGCGGUGGAGGCGCUGAAGGAGGCAGGACCUGUUGUUCGACUAUUAGUUCGUAGAAGACAGCCAGCUACAGAGACUAUAUUAGAAGUGAAUCUUUUAAAAGGACCCAAAGGUUUAGGGUUCAGUAUUGCUGGAGGAAUUGGGAAUCAGCACAUUCCUGGAGAUAACAGUAUCUAUAUUACCAAAAUCAUUGAAGGUGGCGCUGCCCAGAAAGAUGGUAGGCUCCAGACAGGGGAUCGACUGCUUGCUGUCAAUAACAUCAGUCUGCAGGAAGUACGGCAUGAAGAAGCUGUGGCUGCUCUCAAGAAUACCUCAGAUAUGGUUUAUCUGAAAGUUGCUAAACCUGGUGGCAGUCACCUCAAUGACUUAUACGCGCCUCCUGACUAUGCUAGCACAUUUUCUGCCCUGACUGAUAAUCAUGUGAACUCUGGUAUGGGUUACAUGGGUGGAGUUGAGAAUAAACCCACAUAUCCGCUGCCAGCAAUCACUUCAGGACGAUAUUCUCCAGUCCCUCGACAUGUGAUGGGAGAUGAAGACUUCACAAGAGAACCAAGAAAGAUUGUCCUCCACAAAGGAUCAACAGGAUUAGGCUUUAACAUUGUCGGUGGAGAAGAUGGUGAAGGGAUUUUUGUAUCAUUCAUUCUGGCAGGUGGGCCAGCAGACCUCAGUGGAGAGCUACGAAGAGGCGAUCGGAUUUUAUCCGUGAAUGGUGUAAACCUUCGGAGUGCUACCCAUGAGCAGGCAGCAGCAGCACUCAAAAGAGCCGGUCAGACUGUGACUAUUGUUGCCCAGUACAGACCAGAAGAUUUACCUCUAGAAACAGACUGUGCAGCACAACGCUUAUUAGGAAGUGUCGGUGAUACCACAGACGACGUAUCACAGACAGGACUUGGAGACGUGCCAUUUACUCCAAAAUUAUUACAUGAAUACAGCCGCUUUGAGUCUAAAAUCCAUGACCUGCGGGAACAGAUGAUGAAUAGCAGUAUGAGCUCUGGAUCUGGCUCCCUGCGGACCAGUGAGAAACGCUCGCUUUAUGUCCGUGCUCUCUUUGACUAUGAUAGAACCAAGGACAGUUGUCUGCCAAGUCAAGGGCUGAGUUUCCUGUAUGGUGAUAUUUUACAUGUCAUUAAUGCCUCUGAUGAUGAAUGGUGGCAAGCACGACUUGUUACACCUCAUGGCGAAAGUGAGCAGAUUGGUGUCAUACCCAGCAAGAAACGAGUUGAGAAGAAAGAGCGGGCAAGAUUAAAAACUGUAAAAUUCCAUGCCAGGCCUGGAGUCAUUGAAAUGAAAGGGUCAUCCAGGGCCAAGCGUAAAAAGAGCAUCCUCUUGUCUCGAAAGUUUACCUUCUACAAGAGCAAAGAGAAUAUUGUACAGGAGCACACAGGUGAUCAUGACCAGUGUAUGACGUCCAACACCAGUGACAGUGAAAGCAGCUCCAAGGGUCAGGAUGACACUGUUCUAUCUUAUGAAGCAGUGACACGCUUGGAGAUUCACUAUGCUCGGCCAAUAAUAAUUCUGGGGCCAAUGAAGGACAGAAUCAAUGACGAUUUGAUCUCAGAGUUCCCAAAUAAAUUUGGUUCCUGUGUGCCACACACCACCAGGUCAAGACGUGAGAAUGAAAUUGAUGGGCAGGAUUAUCAUUUUGUAACUUCUCGGGAGCAAAUGGAGAAAGACAUUCAGGACAAUAAGUUCAUUGAAGCCGGUCAAUAUAAUGACAAUCUGUAUGGGACCAGCAUUCAAUCUGUUAGAGCUGUAGCUGAGAGGGGAAAACAUUGCAUACUUGAUGUGUCUGGGAAUGCUAUCAAGAGGUUACAGCUUGCACUACUCUAUUCUAUUGCCAUUUUCAUCAAACCCAGAUCUGUGCAAUCCCUCAUGGAGAUGAAUAAACGACAAACUGAAGAACAAGCAACCAAAACCUUUGAUAAAGCAUUGAAACUGGAGCAGGAAUUUGGAGAGUUUUUCACGGCCAUUGUACAGGGAGAUUCAUUAGAGGAGAUCUACAACAAAAUUAAACAGGUCAUCGAAGAACAAUCUGGUCCCUACAUCUGGAUCCCUUCAUCUGAAAAACUCUAAACAUGGCCCGGUGUUUAGAGGGAAGAUAUUGUUGGGGGAAAAAAAUCCUCCUUUUAAGAUAUGUUGCAUAUCGAGUUUUAUCUUUCUCAUUAUGUUAUGAAUCCUCACCGUCGCUGUGGCUGUUUCCAUUCUGCAUGGUUUUUAUGGAAUUCCAUCAAAGACAUGGAAAUGCACACCCGAGUAUUUUACAGAACAUCUUCAGGAAACAAGACCAGGAUUGGUAAUGACUUUGUACGUUUGUAUUACCUGAAGAUAAGCUGGAGAGUUUCAUAUCGACUAAGCGGUUGUUUUAAAGAACCAGUGUUCACAGGGGAUUCUGUUGGUACCAAUCCUUUAAAAGGAUGUUUCUGAAAUUUCCUAAUGCAGGUGGGUUUGAGAGGAGAAGAGAAAACCACUAUUCUUCUGUGAUUACACAUAGCAGUGCUUUUAAAGACAUGUACACAAUUCCUCAUCUCAGAAGGAGAAUGAAGAGAAUGAAAAUCAGAAAAAAAUUUUAAAUCAUGAUUAUGGUACUGUAGAUGAAAAUAUAAAAACAAUUUUCAACAUAUUAAAUUGCACAUUGUUUUACACAUGGAAACAUGGUUGUCUGCAUGGACAUUUUACAUUUUUUGCUGUUUUUUAAAAAGUGAUUCCAGUAAGAACUGAGCAGGUGAAUGGUACAGAAUGUGUAAAUUGCUCAGAUUAAUGCUGUUCACAUGUGGCUUUCUAUGAAUGAAAUGUUAAAAAUGUAUUUUUUGUCUUUGCCUAAAUGCCCUAUUUCUCCCUUUCAGUGAAAUCGAUCAUCCUCCUUUGAAGGACUGGAUUUAAUUUGAAUUUGUAGUGGUCAGGAAACCUGCUUUACGAAAUUACUACACAACUAAAAUGCUUUUACGUAGAGAAUCACAGAUCAGAUCUAUCUAGCUUGUUGAUACACAAGUAGCUCCUUUCAUAUAUUUAUAUAUAAAAAGGUGUUGCACAAUAUUCCCCCUUAAUUAAGGAGCCAAAAUAGUAGCUUAAGUUUAAGUUCCCUCGAUGGAAGUAAAACAACCUAAUAGAAUGAGGAAGAUGUAUGUUGUAUCUUUGAAACCCUGUUACUAAUUAAGCCAAUUGUUUUACCUACAAAGCAUGAGGCACUGGAACAGUUCGACUUCCUUCAAAGAGUAUCAUUUUUUAAUCAAUAUCUAAAUAGAACAGAAGAAGUGCAAACCUUUGUAGUGAUAUGACAAUUUUUACUCUUUACAAAGAGUUCUGGAUCUUUUAUGUGGGGGACCAGGUAGCAGAGCACAGAAAAUAGGGGUUUAUUUGUUAGUGGUAAAGAUCUGCCAUUGAUGUUUGAGAUGCAGGAUGUAAUUUUUGAAAUGUAUGCAAGCCACAUAGAUAUGGUGCAUCUUUAGACAUGAGUGAUAUUGCUUUUAAAUAGAUACUUAAGUAUGAAAAGAGUUUGGAGAGAGCUCUACUGCUACCACAAUUCCCCUUGAAAGAUUAGUCGGUUCACCAUUGGGGCAUAAUUUUCAUUACCUGCUCCUAUCUGUCAUUGACCCUGGUUUAUAAAUUUAAAUCAGAGAUCAUUGCUGCAGUCCAUAAGAUAUCAAUGUUGCAUGUAGAAUCAGUUCAUACAUAUCUUUAGUGUAAAUAGUCAAGCUGCAACUUUGAUCAACAAAGAGGUUAUCCAGUAGGUAUACUCCAGAAGGUGACUGUGUCAACACAUAAGUGCAGUUAUCCCUGCCCUUUUUAUAUGGACUACUGUAUUAUAUACAGCUGUUAUCUAUUACACUACACUGCAAAAUGUUAUUUUCUAAUAUUAAUUGGAAGAGUAUAGAAUAACGAAACAGAGGUAGAUAAGAAACAUUGCUGAAUGGACUGAGGCUUAGACAGAACGCCUUUCCCAUCUUCCUACUAGUCCAACUCUCAUUUAAUGGCAGUCUUAAAUAUAUUGAUUCAGAGACCAAUGUGUAGUAAAUGAUUCAUGUCCCUAUAAUUUUGGGCAGAAGGAGAGAUCAAGUGCCUAUGUUGUAACACUGGAGGCCAUUCUUGCAUUGGAUUAAUUUCCCCUCUGUACUGUGGCACAGCAGUAUCUUUUCAAUGCUCCACUUUGUGGUUGGGUUUUACAUCCUCCCAGAUAUGCAAAUUACAAGGAAUAGACUUUAUAUUUCAGGCUGUGAUUUUUUCAAUUAAGCUUUUUUUUUAACUCUCAGGGUUUCCAAUGGAGUAACUUUGGCCCAAGCAUAGUAAAUACUUCCACUGGUAGGGUGGGGCUUGUGUGCCUGUUCUUAACUUGGCCAAGUCACUGUAUAUUUAGUAAUAGCAAUGAGGUCAGAUUGGAAAGUUGACUUCCAUUUCAUGAGUGGACGGAUUAUACUUGGCAAGAUAUUGCAGGUGGAUUUACUCCUAACUAUUUUCCCUGUAUUAUUUUUGUAGAGUAAAUAUUUAACUUUCUUCCAUCACAAAAACUAAUCUUUUAUAACUUCCUCCCAAAGUAAACUAGCAACCAAGCGGCAACAUUGAAAUGGACUAACAUUUUGAUCUACUUUCAAUGGUUGCCUCCAGAUUUCUACAAGUUAUGCCUUCACAUUUGCUCAGUAUGACUAAGUGAUAAUUUCUGCCCAUCAAUGAUCCAUAAAGUCCUACAAGUACUGAAGAUGAAUGUGGUAGAAAAGACACAGUUAAGUGUUUUGCAUUUUGCACAGAGAAAAGUAAAUUUACAGGGUUUGAUGGUGCAACAUCAGGUUUUGAAAAGGGAAGGCAGAAAGGGUCCACAACUUGUACUCUCUAAACAGAGUAAAAAUGAGCUCCGUUGGUCAUCCCUCUACAUCUUUUUAUCUUUUUUUCCCAUGAUGAUCAGUUGGCUGUUGGAUUUCCAUUGAUUCCUCCCAGUGAUUUUGAUAAAUCUGCUUUUUUUUUUGAGUACCUCUAUUUUGGCAUUUGCAUCAUUAAAGCCAGUAUUCGUUCUGUUUUUACUUUUAAAAGAACCAUGGCUUAUGUUAACUUAUCUUCUCCAUUUGUUUAAAAUUUAUUUUGCCACAUUAAAUGUUAUUUACACCUGUCGUUAAGUGUUUCAAACACACAUUAUAGUUUAUCUGCAUGUUGCAGGUCAGGCUGUGGAAGUUACACUGUUGAUUGCUUUUGUGCAAGAUUCAAUCCAUGAAUUGUCUACAAUUCCACAGUUACUGAUUUCAGUGGCAUUUGCUUCUCCUACAACCCACCCAUCCACAUCUGCAAUGUGCAGCCUGGUCUGUAAAGUGAUCACCAAGGCCUAGAAAUUAUGCUGUGCUUGGUGUUUGUUUGAAAUUACUUUGUCCCAUUGUUUUAACAAAAGUAUUAACUUGUUUAUUUUAGAAGUAAUGUUGCAGUGUAAUUUCUAAGAUAAAACGUGCUCCAUAACUGAUGGUCUCCUCCACUUGAUGAGGAUUAUUUUCUUGUACAUGCACAGAUAUAAAUACAUAAAGGAAGAAAUCAUAAACUUCACCUACCAGGCCAGGAAUGUAUUUGAACACCUAGGGCACAGAAUGCAUUAAAAAGAAACACACAGAAAUUAAAUAACUAGUAGAGCAGCAAAAUUUAAACUAAACAAAGCAUCAGGAUAAUGGGAGGGCUGCCUCUCUUUUCAGUUUAUUCUACUUUGAGCGUUAUCUAUGGUACAUAGUGACAGAUAGGAAGGAAAUUUAGUCUUUAAAGAGCAAAUCUGUUUUUAGGCUAGAAUUUCUAAACUAAAGCAUUCUUAUUACAAAACAUUAUGUAUUCAAAAAAAUUAAAGGGUAAAGAAAAUGUUUUCUAACUGAAAUCAUGUGACAUUUUUAUGUGAACCAUACACUAAGGUACAAUCUGUAGAGAAUUUAUUUUAGGUUUGAGGCAGUUUUAAGUAUUCAAAGUGAUGUUUUAAAAUGGUUUAACUGUGUUGCUUAAGCACUGUGCAAGAUUUUUUUUCAUUUAAAUUCUAUCAUUUAACUAUCAUUAGACCAAGAAAUACAUUGGGAACAGAGUAUAUGUGUAAAACUUCCAUUAAAAACUAUUUUCAUAGCCUGUAGCUUUAAAAAAAAAUUGCUGGAGAUUCAUCUAAUUUGUGUCAUCACAGCUCAGUAGUUCUAGCUAUCUAAUAUUAAAUACGAGUGAUUCAAAGGGCUAAAUUCUGCACAGUCACAGGAUCUAUGAGCCGGAUUUUCAAUUACAAAGAUGGAAAUUUUUAAAAAAAUGUAAUCAUUGAAUUCUGAGUGAUGAAAUGCUUAAGAAUAUGGUAGUUCUAUUAUUGAUCAUUUUGAAAUGUAGCCUACACAGAACAUCCCGAAAUGACACAUUUUUGUUGCUCUGAUCUGUGUGCAGCAAUAAUGCUGUUUAGGUUGUAAAUUGUGUGGAAUACUAUUCUGGGAUUAUUAUAUAAACAAUGUUGAAUUCUGUACCAGGAUAAUUCAGGUCCAAAUGAAAUUGGCAUACAGUGAGCAUGGAAAUUCAUUUAAUGUAGGCUAUCAUGCUAUUGGGAAUAACAGAACAGGAAAAACUCAUGGAGUCAUAUGUUUUAUUCAAUGCUUUUGCAUUAUUAUGUGCAGACCAACAUCAAGUUUGCAGGGAUCACCAAGGGCCUGAAAGUACAAUGUAGAAACAAAGUACCUAUAUUAGUAACACCUCUUUUCUUAACUUUAGUAACUGUGAUAUUUUACUUACCUUUGGUUACUGUUGUAAUGAAAAUCCACUUACCAUUCAGGUGCAAACACAUUAUUAGCUUUUAAUUUAUUGGUAUACAAAUAGGGAAAUGAUGGAUUGGUAUACUACACACACACACUCAGAUGAGCUAUUCAUACUCAUCUUCGGGUCCAUAUACACUUUUUUGCUAUGUUCAGAUCAGAAAUGUGAAUGACAGUUACAUUAAAAUCAUACCUGUAA